CUAGCAUCUGACAAUAGCUCAAAUCGCACUGGUAAUUGUCGCCUCCGACAUAGCUUAUUCUUUCAGGGCAUUGUGCAGUAGCGCAAAUCUGCCUAGCUUGUCAUCAGCAAGACACACACUGCCACAGGCGACACAAACACUGGCUCCAAAACAGAAGCCGCCUCCGCGCAGCUCGUGGCGCGCACCCCCGCCGCCGUCGACCAGACCCCCAUUAACCCCACGGCCGUUUCCUCGCCUUUCCCGACUGCCGAUCCGCACAAACCCAGGACCCUUCUUCCGUAUUCUUCGGGCGCUACUUGGACCGCAAACGAGUCGACGAGCUCAGUCGCGCGCUUGGAGCCUCCGCCACGAGACCAUUCCCUCUCUCCGCCACCGGGCGCAAUCCCGCAUCUAUCGCGCGAUCGUCCAGCACCAGUCAAACCGAGCAAAGAGGCGGCGAUCGGGGCGUGGACGUCUCGUCGAGUACAUUGUUGGGAAGCGACGACAGUUGGGCGGUGGACUUACCCUUGGCAGUCCAGCCGGUGGGAAGGCGACGGUGCGGGGAGGAAUCGACCAAAUGUCUCAAUACAGGGCGCAGGACCCGCCCGCUUUUAACCCCGCGGGUGGUGCCAGCGCUGGUGGGCGCCGCCAGAAGGUUUACGGUUAUUUGAAGGCCGCCAAUGAGCUUCGCCAGACGUACGCGGCACAGUGGACGGCGCAGAGGAAUGGGCAGCGGGAUUGGAACGAGGAGUUUAUGAGAAAUACCCCGGGAGCGUUCUCGGAUGUUGAAAUUGCACGGGCUGGGGAUGAGGAGAUGGUGGUAUUCCCCAGUUAUGCUAGGCGGUUGGCCAAGGGUGGUAACGGGCAAGCUGCUGCGAGACGGCGCCGCGAUUCGACAUCGACGCUGGAUGAAUACCAUGGUGCCGAGGAGGAUGAGCCCGGAAUGGACAUUGCGGAGUUGGAGGAACUUGAGGACGAGAGUGUUAUUGUCGCUGCUGAUGUUCGCGGGUGGGUGUAUUCGCCUCACCGCGGGCCUAUGACUCGCAAGCAUCGCUUGAUGAUUGCGCUCGCUAGGAAGCUGAGUGGGAUACCGGCCCCGAACGUGAAUGCGAGUGAGGGUGACGAGGCAGAUCCCGACGCUGGACGGACGGAGAAGACGCCUGGGAGAGGGGAGGAAGAAUUUGUUGACUCGGAGGCGCAGUCAAUCAUCAAACAGGCGGAAGGAAGGGCCGAUACGCCGUGGAGAGAGAACCACUUGGCCGAGAAGGAUGAGUCGGGGCCUCCGGGUCGCCCUCUGGGGAGGACGACAACGACGACAACGGCAGAGGCUCCGCAGCUGAGCAAGGAUGAACUGUCUGUAGCCAAUGCGCACCUCAUGGAGAGACUGCGGCCUUUCCUGACGAACCCAAUGGCCGGAUUGCCUGUGACGGUGUUCUUUUUCAAUGAUGAGAAAAGUCAGUCAAGGAGUGUCAUCACCGACGAGUCUGGUCAUUUCAGCCUCCGCGCUGGGUUAUCCUUCGUUCCGACCAAUGUUCGCAUCCUGGCAUCGGAAGAGCUUUCUGCUGUCAAAGCCGUCCAGGUCGUUGACCCGACUGGAAUCAGCUUGAUCAGUGAUAUCGACGACACAGUCAAACACUCUGCCAUUGCACAUGGUGCCAAGGAGAUGUUCCGCAAUACAUUCGUGCGCGAACUCGGUGACUUGACUGUGAAUGGUGUUGCUGAAUGGUAUAAUGAGUUGUGGAAGAUGGGAGUUCAGAUGCAUUAUGUUUCCAAUGCGCCAUGGCAGCUUUACCCUUUGCUGGACCGCUAUUUCAAAAUGGUUGGGCUACCCUCUGGCUCCAUCCACCUGAAGCACUACAGUGGCAUGCUACAGGGGAUCUUUGAGCCAACGGCCGAAAGGAAAAAAGGACACUUAGAGCAAAUCCUGCGCGAUUUUCCGUCACGAAAGUUCAUAUUGGUUGGCGACAGCGGGGAGGCUGACUUGGAGGUCUAUACGGACAUUGCUUUGGCAAACCCGGGAAGGAUCCUGGGGAUUUUCAUCCGUGACAUUACAACGCCGAUUCGAGGCCGUACCGGGUUCUUCGACAAGUCGGUGAAAGAUCUGGACAGAACUCCGGCUGCUAGCCAAAGUGCGCCGCAGCUCGUCGACGAUUCCGAUACAGCAACGCCCAGCGCGCCCACAUUGCCGCCGCGUCGAGAUCUCCAACGGACAGAGUCGACUCCAGAUGCCAGAAGCAUUGAUAACGCCGACCUCAUUGAGCUUCGGGACGACGAGGACCCCAGGCCAAAGACAGCAGAUGUGUCGAAACCACCGGCACCACGCGCACCGCCUAACAGACCGUCCAAGCCGUCGUCGUUGCGCACAGUCUCCAGCAAUCUCGACACAAGGGAGAAAGAUGGUUCUUCCUCCUCGUCGGUCCCUGAACCUCCUCCCAAGCGCAAGCCAGUCCCGCCACUACCCCCACGUCCAAGCUCCUCGGUCAAACCAGAAUCCUCCGAUCGAGAGCCGGACCCAUCUACAACCCCCAACUAUCAGCGUCUGGGCCGGUCGGCAACAGAUAUAACUCAAAGCAGACGAGACCCAGAAGAAGCGCUCCCCUCUACAGCAAGGGACCCAGCGACGAACGAGAGACCCCCAUCCAACGUGAAAAGCAGCCGUGCCCUCCGCCCACCCCCCGAACUACCCUCACGUCCGAAACCCGUUCUCGCCAACAGCACCACCAAUCCGCCUAUCGCAAACGACCAGCGGUCAUCACGGAAACAGCCCCCACCACCACCACCCCCCCGUCGAACCGGCACGAGCAGCUCAACAGUAAGCACCAGCUCAACACCACAACCAUCCACAACCACCAACCGGUCCACCCCCCAGAACCCACCGCAGCAGCAGCAAUCCUACCCCGCCGCAGCAGCAACAGCCGCCCUGCAAUACGCAUCCGCAGCAUCGCAGUUCGCAUCCGAGCGUCUCCCAUGGCCAUCAUCAUCAUCAUCAUCAACCCCCUCAAACACCCUCCGAGCCACAUCGUCAAGCACCUCCCUACGCCAAUCCAGCACAGCACCCAGCAGCAUAGACAACACCUAUUCAACCUUACCCACGAAGCGCGAAGAAAUGUGGCAGCGCCGCUGGGAGCGCGCGCACGAUAUCCUCACUCACCACGGCGUGGUGCUGGCUAGCUGGCGCGAAGGCAAGGAUAUGAAAGAUGUGAGUGUGUGGCUGGUUAAGGAAGCGAUGAAGGGUGAGGGUGCGAGUGCACCGCGUGGUUAGGGGAAGUGUGAUGUAUUGCUCUUCUCGGAUGAGAUACCGGUUAGUGAGGUAGAGGGGGAUCAAUGUAAAUUGUGUAAAUACUAAGUUUGUUGGCUGUUGUACUCAUGUCUUAGCAAUCUUACAUGUGUGGUAGGCUGGCAAUUCCAUUGCUUUUAACGGUACAUAUGUGAAUUGCAUAUACAUGAAGGCAAAGGUCAUGGAAUGAUGAAAUAAAAAUACGAUACAUGUCAA